AUGUUUUCCGGAGCCAUUUUGGUUUUACUGUUCGUGUAUUGUUCAACAUCCGUCGUAUGCUUAGGACCUCCUCUUAAGAAUGCAGUCACCUGUUCCUUUGGGUAUCGCGUGCGUCCUGAAGCCAAUGGAAAAACUCAAGGAAUGUGUACCAUUAAGCAUACCACUGAUGACUAUGCGUGUGAGGGCUGUAAGGCCAAUGUGCCUCUGGGUUUGCAAUGUGUUGAGGCCAAAUACGACGUUCCACUAGCAAAUUUAAAGCAAUCCCAUCAAAAUAUAUCAUGUCCUAAUUAUGAGAAAUUGAUGCCAAAUGGAGUUUUUGUCGGAUAUGGUUGCGCUGAACCUAGACAGGGUCAGAAAGCUCGAUGUUUUGACAUCCAGGAUCCGGGACUAUUCUUCCAUCGUUCUACUCCUUGGGUGAUUUCUAACAAAAGAACUACCUGCCCAGCGGGAGCUUGCCGUCUGAACAUACCUUAG